GCUAAUCUCCAUGACUUUUCCUGUCCUUGUCGAAUUUUAAGAAGAGAAGAAAUCCAAGCUGUCUUAUUUAGCAUGCAUGAUGACCCACUUGCCGAACAUUUUGGAUUUGAAGCAACUUACCAAUGA